AUCUUAGGUGAGUCAGCUUUAUAAAUAAAUGUGUGUAAAGAGGAGUAUACUGGGGCCUGGGAGGCAGUCAAGGGAGAAGAUCCAACUGUUACUUUUCUGUUUCAUUCCUGAAGGAGGGACAGACCUGGGCUUAUUGAGAUCUCCAGUUCUGACCCUCCUGUCCUGUGACCAUGCUGAACACCUCUGACAAUGCCACCUUUUCUUGCUACCACCCAUCAGUAGUGGGCUAUCGUUACGUUGCUGUAAGCUGGGGCUUGGUGGUGGCAGUGACCGGCACUGCUGGCAACUUGCUUACCCUGAUGAUCCUGGGUGCCCAGCCCAAGCUCCGUACCCAUUUCAACCUUCUCAUCGCCAACCUCACACUGGCCGACCUCAUCUACUGUGCUCUCCUGCAGCCAUUCUCUGUGGACUCCUACCUCUAUCUUCGUUGGCGUACUGGGGCCACUUUUUGCCGGGUCUUUGGUCUCCUCCUCUUUGCCACCAACUCUGUCUCCAUCCUCACCCUCUGCCUCAUUGCCUUUGGCAGAUACCUUCUCAUAUCCCACCCCACCCUCUUCCCCCGGAUCUUCACGGCCAAAUCAGUGGCACUGGCAUUGGUAGGUACAUGGGUCCUGGGUGUGGCGAGCUUUGCCCCACUCUGGUCUGUCUACAUCCUGGUGCCUGUCGUCUGUACUUGUAGCUUUGACCGAAUUCGGGGCCGUCCUUACACCACCAUCCUAAUGGGCUUCUACUUUGUGCUCGGGCUCAGUUCUGUUGGCAUCUUCUAUUUCCUCAUUUAUCGUCAAGUGAGGCAGGCAGCCCAGGCACUGGACCAGUAUAAACUUCGCAAGGCCAGUCUCCGAGCUGGCCAUGUGGCUGGGGCUGGAGAAGCCCUACCCGGACACUUUCAAGAGCUGGACAGUGGUCUGGCAUCAGGGACGGCCAGUGAGGGGACAUCAUCCGUGCCAGACAGUACUGCAACCACCCAGACCCUGGAAAGCAAUUCAUCCAAUAAAGGAAGCCAAGAAAACAACAGAGUAUCCAAGGUAGAAAUGGGCAGCCAAGGGGUGGCUGCCCGCUCACCACCUGCUAAAGCUACCAGGAAGACCCAGGACGGCCCCUCUGACUUUGGGAAGGUGACUCGCAUGUGUUUUGUGGUGUUCCUCUUUUUUUCCCUCAGUUAUAUCCCCUUUCUGCUGCUUAAUAUAUUUGAUGCUCAGGCUCGGGCCCCACGAGUCCUGCACAUGCUUGCAGCCAAUCUAACCUGGCUCAACGGUUGCAUCAACCCUGUACUCUAUGCAGCCAUGAACCGUCAGUUCCGUGAGGCGUAUGGAUCCCUCCUGAGACGGGGACCCCAGAGUUUCCGAAGACUCCGGUAACACUUUAGACACUGAUAGGAAAUGGGUCCCUCCCACACCACCAAAAAAGUGGGCAUCGUGGCCUCGGCCACAAGCACAAACUGGGGACAUCUUCAUGGACUGGGUCCCUUCCAUGCUUCCUCCUCCACCCUCAACCUUUGCAUCACUGUUACUAUUAAUAAACAGGCUUGGUGCUGUUCGCCUCCCAGUGUGGUCCCUGACAAAGAGGAACCGGGUCUGAGGCUCAAGCCGGGAUGAAGCCUGAAUUUGAGGUCCGAGCCUGAGUCCAUCACCUUACUUUCAUUUACAUUUACAAUCUCUAAGGUCCUUUCCAGUCCUAAAAUCCUAGGAGGACAAGGGAAAGACAACCAGGAUUCAAAUCGAGAAGAUUUCAAAGCCCAAUUAAAACUAA